AUGCAAGGACGAGAGGACCUCCUGCUCGUAUCCUUGAGGAGCUUCUAUGACAUUGAGAGUAACGCGGCCAUAUUGCUCGACGUCCUACAGCAGAAGAAGGGUCUGCCGUCUCUUCGGAUCCUCGAUUGGCUCAUAACAAACUUCAGCAGGACGAAGAUGGUGUUCCAUUCGGCGACCGAUGCCAAAGGCAACCGCAGGCAGAUGUCAAUAUCCACAAAUUACCGCCUGCAACUGCGGGCGUACUCAAAGAGACGGUUCGAUCCGUUCUGCCGGCGGGAGCGCAUCCUGUUCCCUAUCAUCGAUCCUCGAGCAGAGGUUUCCGCUCCAGCGAGCAGGAUGCCACCGCAAGAUGUGUCCAUGCCCGAAGAAGCGCAUCUUAAGCAUGUGCGGGCGGAAGAUGCGGACAGGGUGCACGAGCUUGUCACAACUGUUGGUCAGCUAAACUUCUUCCGAUGGGCCAUCUCAAAUGACAUUCUCGGAUUUGCAAUGGCUCAUAGGGACGAGAUCGAGUCAGACAUGAUCCGCAGCGCAAAGGAGAGGGACCGUCAGGCGCGUGCAAAGAGCGACGCACAGGAGCCACAGGAAGCGCUUAGAGGGGAGGCAGGCAGCACCGGCACGGGUGCCCCAGAGAACAACAAGUCAUACAAAGAAAACUCCUCGGAGAUCGCGCCCCAGGAGGCCUGCACCAAGCCCUAG